CACAGUUGAGUGCAGUUCGCAGCAUUAGUACCAAAGUAUAUAUUUGAACAGUGAUAAAUCGAUAAAAGUUUAUAUCAUGAACGGCUAUAUCUCGGAACCAGUGAACUUGUUGAAAAUGGACCACAGGUCUUUCAAAAACUUCUUGAAUUCAUUUGACCAUGUAUUUUCGGAUUGUGACGGUGUAAUAUGGUCAAGCGGGCCAUUACCGGGAGUUGGAGAAUUCUUCAAACUAAUGAAAAAACACGGGAAAAGUGUACAUUAUGUAUCAAACAAUAGUUUGAGAACGCAGCAAGAUUAUGACGAACAUUUUCAAUCGGCACAAAUAGAAAAUGGUUUUAAAAAUCUCACAAUUCCGUCAGUAGCGAUAGCUGAGUAUUUGAAACUUUUGAAUUUCAACAAAAAAGUUUACUGUGUGGCCAGCGUCCAGACGUCUUGUGUACUAGAAAGAGCUGGAUUUCAAUGUUUUGAAACAACAGACGCCGGCUCAGAUGACUACAUGACCUACUCGCAAUAUCUGGAGGACGAUCUUGACGUGGGAGCGGUGGUGUUUGACAGCGACUUCAGAGUGAACCUGCCGAGGCUUUAUAAGGCUAUGACGUACCUGAGACGACCUGAGGUGCUAUUUAUAAACGGGGCGACGGACGCCUACGUACAGUGCAAACCCGGAUGCCUGAUUCUAGGUACCGGGAUAUUCACGGAUAUAGUGUCACAUGAAGUGCAACGUCCACCGGUUCAGUUGGGCAAGCCGGGUAAACUAUUCGGCGAGUUUGCGAUGAAACGGGCGGGCGUGACUGAUCCAAGCAGAGUGCUCUUCAUCGGUGACAUGAUUGAACAAGACGUAGGCCUUGGAAAAGCUACGGGAUUCAAGACCUUAUUGGUGUUAACUAACAACAGCAAAGAAGACAUGCUAGCACACCCAACUCUACGGCCAGACUACUACGCUGAUUCUUUAGGGAGUAUAGUACCUUUACUGUAAUCCCAGUUUACAAAAAAGGAACUGCAUCAAAUAAAAUAAAUUUAAGUUUCCUCAUUUCUAGUAACUUUAUUAAGGAGAAGUCAAUGAAGUUACUUAGCGUAAUAAGUAGGGCACACAAAAACAAACCGGAUUGAAUAAGAAAAAAGUACUAUAACAAGACAAAGAUGAAUCCAACUGCAUUCUAAAUAAGGACGAUUGAUUUAACUAAAAAAAACGUUUGAAAUAUUUAAUUGCUCAGGAUUAUUGGUUAAAAAAAAUUAAGCCAGCCAUUGGUCAGUUCCAAAAAUUUUAGUGCGGCCUAUAUAACUAUUUUUGUAGUGAUCUUAUUCUUAUACGUAGAUAUUUUUUAAGGAUGUUUAUUAUUGUAAUUUUAAUGCUUUAUCAGAAUAUCAGUUCAUUGGGCAACAUCGAAUUCACUGAUUCUUAUAAUGUAACCAUCAUACCCAUAAUAUUAUCUUUAUUUUUAAAUAAAUAUACAUAAGAUAUUAUAGUUAUUUGGUCAUCUUUAGCAUGUAGCAUUACAUUUUAAAUUGUUAUUGAAAAAUUCAGACUUUAUUAACUAGCAUUGGUUGUUCAGUGUUAGAAAAUUCGCCUGCUACGCGGGCGGUCCGGGUUCGAUUCCCAGCCGAGGAGAGACUUUUUCGAAGUGAAACUUCUUUUCGGACGGGGUGUAAAUGAAAAAUCCUAUGGAAAAGAUGAAACAGAAAUGCGUCACGCGCGUCACACAACUGUGACGUGUGUAUAUGUAUGUAGGAUGCGUGCGCAACUCUUCCUAACGAGCAUGAAAGUUGGAGAAGGCUGAAACGCUACGAGCGUCACAUGCUACAAUAUUUAUACACACAUAUAUGUAUAUGAGUGAUGCGUGCGCUGCUCCAUUUCCAUAUGCCUUAUAUACCGCCCAAUUUUAGGUUAUUUAAUAAAAAGAAGUUUUACUUCAGAUGUGUUGUUCAUGCACGCUAUUUUAAUUUUAUUUUCCGUUUCUUUUAAGCCAGAAACAAACUGUGGCGAUGUAAAAAACUUUCAAAAUUAUACUUGCAUCGUGGUUUCAUACAAUCACACCAAUUUUUAUUUUAAGUUAAGUUGAGGCAGGGUCCUGAUUGGCCGUCUUAGUUUUAGUGCAUAAUUUUUGUUCUAAAGUUAAGUUUCUUUUUUUAUUUUUUCUGUUUCAUUUAGUAGGUUUUAAUUUUGUAUAUAAGAUGGCCAAUAAAGGUCUUUCAUUUCAUUUCAUUCAUUUACAUUUCAUUUCAAUAUAUUUAAUACACAAUUGAAAGACAAAAUACCUACAGUACCUAGGGAUACUUGUAGGUACUUUACUCGUAUUUGUGUU